ACUACAAACACAGACAGACAUCAUCUCCUCUUUAUUAUCUCAUCUCUUGCUUGAGCGUUCGGGGCAAUAUAAUCCACAAAAUGUCAGCUCGUAGAGUCAAUGGUGGUUGGAUCACUUUUCCCUUCAUCACAGGGACAGUGGCUUUGGUGGCUCUAGCUGGGAACGGGUGGACAGCGAACUUGAUGGUGUAUCUGAUAGAGGAGUUCAAUAUGAAGAGCAUAGCGGCCGCUCAGAUAUGGACCGCCUUCAGUGGCUCCAGCUCGCUCUUGCCCAUCCUCGGUGCAAUCGUAGCAGAUUCUUAUGCAGGCUGCUUCACAGUCAUUGCAGCCUCUACUCUCAUAUCUCUUCUGGGUUUAAUUCUCAUAACCGUCACGGCAAUUCUAAACAAAUUGAGACCUCAACAAUGCAAUUCAAAUUUUUGCCCGAAUUCAUCAGGAUCCCAAUUAGCUGUCCUCUACACGGGUUUAGCAAUGGCUGCUCUUGGGUCUGCAGGCACCCGGUUCACCUCCCUAACAAUAGGAGCCAACCAAUUUGAUAAGCCUGAGGACCGGUCAAGGUUCUUCAACUGGUGCUUCGUGGCCCAGUACGUGGCAUCAGUGAUCGGUGCCACGGUCAUGGUUUACAUUCAAGACAACGUGAGCUGGGGACUAGGCUUCGGGCUCUGUGCCGGGGCGAAUGCCAUUGGGCUCUUGAUCUUCCUAUUAGGGAAGAGACUUUACAGGCCUGAAGAUGGCCCGAGAGGGAGCCCGUACGGGGAUUUAGCUCGGGUGGUUGUUGCUGCUGUGAAGAAGAGGAACAUCCGACUUACACUCAACAACGAGGAUUAUUACUAUGGACACCAUGGCCAAGUUACAGAGACGGCGGGUCCGACGAGUAAAAAGAAGUUCCGGUUCUUGAACCGGGCGGCCCUCAAAACUGAAGGAGACAUUAGACAGGACGGUUCGGUAGCAAAACCAUGGAGGUUAUGCACCAUGCAACAGGUUGAAGAUUUCAAGACCCUACUCAGAAUUUUUCCUCUAUGGUCAAGUGGAAUAUUACUAAGCACCACGAUCGUAACCCAGGGCAGCCUAGUCAUUCUCCAAGCCCUAGCCAUGGACCGCCACCUCGGGCCACACUUCAAGAUCCCAGCAGGCUCAAUGUGGGUCUUAUCUAUGAUCUCCCUAUCCAUCUCUCUCACCUUAAGUGAUCGAGUGUUCAGCCCGAUUUGGCGGAAGGCGGUUAACCGGUCCUUCACGGUGCUCCAAUGGAUCGGAGUGGGUCACAUCUUGAACACACUGAGCCUAGUAGUUGCAUCAGUAGUUGAAGCAAAAAGGCUUGGUGCAACUCACCAUCACCAAAAGUUAUCCUCGCUUUUGUUAUUUCCACAGCUAAUAUUGGUCGGGGUUGGUCUCUCACUCCAUCACCCUGGGCAAGCAGCAUUUUUCUAUCAGGAAUUCCCGUUGUCUCUAAGAAGCACUGCAACUGCAAUGGCCUCUGUGACAAUUGGGAUCGGGUAUUAUCUGAGCACAUUGUUUUUGGAUCUGUUCAGAAGGGUGACGGAGUGGUUACCGAACAACAUAAAUGACGGGAGGGCAGACAAUGUGUAUUGGACCUUAGUCGCGGUCGGGAUGCUAAAUUUUGUAUACUAUCUCAUCUGUGCAGGAUGUUACAAGUACCAGAUCAGAAAUUCCGAAGGCAUAGGUGGAGCAAAUGGCAAUUCAGCUUCUAAUAAAUGAGUCUGCCUCGCAAGAGAGGAAAAACACUCGGAAUGUACCGACGUACAUGUUUCUCUUAUGAAAUCGCAAUUAUGCAUCAAAGCCGAUGUAUUUCCAUAUCAAAUCGCUGAAAAUUUAACAUGAUAUGAAGUCAUUUGGUUUUCUAAACAGAUUAACAAGCUUUCUUAAGACCUUUGUC